UCUCGUGACUUGCAAAUAAGCUGCGUUUUGUUGUAAACACGACAUGAACAACUCAACCAACGGCACUGGACUGAUUUCAGAAGGUGACAAAGAUGAAACCGUAUGUUCCUGGAUUAUUUCCAGAGUACAGGGUAACACAGAAACAAUUUUCACUUGGCAUUUUUUCAUUGCCGUCUUGAACAUCGUGCUUGCAAUUACUGCUUCUUGUGGAAAUAUUCUGGUACUACUUGCCUUGAGUAAGGAAUAUACAUUGUCAGCGCCUUCAAGAGUCCUAUUCCGUUCUUUGGCUACCAGUGACCUCUGUGUGGGCAUCAUCUCGCAACCCCUUUACGCUAUCAGUAUACUGCUCAUUGGAAACGGCCACUUGAAAUUGUGCCGCCUCAUGAGAUAUCUAACAUUUGUCUCAAGCACAACUUUGUGUGGUGUUUCAUUGUUGACACUAACUGCCAUAAGCCUCGACAGACUACUGGUCUUGACACUGAAAUCUAGUUAUUACCGUAUUGUAACCCGUUCUUUGGUGAUAAGAGUUGUGGUCUUAUUUUGGACUUGCAGCCUCGUUACUGGCAUAGCUUACUUGCUAAGCAGAAGAAUCUUUUUCAUAGUAACAUGUCUGGUGAUACUGCUAAGCAUCGUAAUUUCUGCCUACAGUUACUCUAACAUCUUCUUUCUUCUUCGAAGACGGCAGCGAGUUACAAUUCGCGAUAGCCACACCCGGCUAAACGGUUUUCAAUUGAGGAGAGCGCUAAGAUUCAAGUCAACAGUAUACAGUGCAUUGUGGGUUCAUCUCACGUUGGUUAUAUGCUAUCUUCCAUUUUCUGUACUGGGGGCCGUCGCUUUUCGGAUUGGAACACCUCUACCCAUAUUUAUCGCUGGAACAUGUACGGCCACGUUAAUUUACUUGAACUCAACGAUUAAUCCCUUUCUAUACUGCUGGAAAAUUAAGGAAGUGAGGCAAGCUGUGAAGCAGAUAUUAAGAAAGUGCCUCUAACGAUGGAAAAAAUAUCGAAAAACGAUAGCCUCCAUCUAGCGCGAAAAUAUGCCCUUGUUAUGUAACUGUUUCGUGCUAUUUCAGGCACAGGUCAUUAUUUACCGCCAGGG